AUGAUAUCCCACUUUUCUCAUCAUUCACAGAAUCCCACACUUCCUACCUAUUUUCUUAAUUAUUCCAAAAUCCCCUCGAUUUUUGCCAAGAAACGCCUCUCUCCAAACAAUUCUUAUCACCACCAAAUGGAAGAGAAUUCACCUGAAGAUAACAAGACGUUCAGUGACUAUGGAGUGUGUGAUACGCUUUGUCAGGCAAUCGACAACUUGGGUUGGAAGCAUCCUUCCUCUAUUCAGAGAGAUGUAUUGAAGAUUGCUCUACAAGAGGAUCAAAAUAAGGAUAUUAUCGCUAUUGCAGAAACGGGUUCUGGUAAAACGGGAGCGUUUGCCAUACCUAUUAUCCAGCGAUUGAUUGACAACCCUCAGCGAAUGUAUGCGCUGAUUGUGACCCCUACCCGAGAGCUUGCUUUCCAAAUUUCGGAGCAGUUUGAGGCUCUAGGCUCAUCGGUAGGUCUGAAGACUGCGGUAAUCGUAGGAGGAAUUGAUAUGGUUCAGCAAGCCUUGGCAUUAGCCCGUAAGCCACAUGUCGUGGUAGGAACUCCAGGACGUUUGGUCGACCACCUGGAGAACACAAAGGGCUUUUCUCUGAACACCAUGAAGUACUUAGUUUUGGAUGAAGCCGAUCGUUGUCUGUCCAUGGACUUUGAGGAGGCGAUUGACAAAAUUCUGAGCUGCUUCCCGAAGGAGCGAGUGACCUAUCUUUUCUCGGCUACCAUGACGCAGAAGGUGGUGAAAUUGCAGCGAGCCUCUCUGCAAGACCCUGUGAAAAUCCAGGUGUCUUCCAAGUAUCAGACGGUGAGCACGCUCAUCCAGCAGUAUUUGUUCAUCCCUGCAAAGUACAAGGAAUGCUACCUCGCCUUCAUCAUGAACGAAUUCCGCGGGAAAAGCACGAUUCUGUUCGUGUCGACCUGCAGCAGCUCGCAGCUUUUAACGCUGUUUUUACGCAAUCUUGGGUUCAAAGCGGUGUGCAUCAACGGAAAUCUCUCGCAAGUGAAACGCCUCGGCGCAUUGAACAAAUUCAAAGAAGGCGCGCGGAACAUUCUGAUCGCCACGGACGUGGCUUCCCGCGGUUUAGAUAUUCCGGAAGUGGAUUUAGUGGUGAAUUACGACAUUCCGGGGAAUGGAAAAGAUUACGUGCAUCGUGUGGGGCGAACGGCGCGAGCGGGCAAAUCGGGCCGAGCCAUCACGUUUGUGACGCAGUACGAUGUAGAAAGCUAUCAGAGGAUCGAGAAAUUGAUCGAGAAGAGAUUAGAUGCGUACCCGUGCAGCGAGAAUGAGGCUUUGACGUAUCUGCAGACGACGACGGAAGCGUUGCAGAUCGCGCAGAGGGAGAUGAAGGAGGAAGAGAAGAAGGGGAAGAAGGGGAAGAAUCGGGAUGGAGGAGAUGCGGAUGAUUAUGUGAUGGACACGUUCAGAGGGAAGACGCAUGGAAAGAAGGCGAAGAAGAAUCGAAAAUAG